GCCAUGAGAUAGGCAGUCUUAAUAUCAUAAUGCAAUGAGCAAGCUGAGCUAUAUAUCCAACAUUAUUUGGCAUGGUCAUUAUUUGAGAGUAUCCAUUUGGGGCACUCUCUAUAAGUUCUCAGUAUGAUUUCUUUUUUUCUCAUUGUUUUAUAGCCGUGAUGCCAUUUGAGAUGAAGAAUCAAACAGAUGUCACCAAAUUAAUCUUCUUGGGAUUUUCCAACCACCCCAAUCUACAGGGGUUGUUCUUCCUGAUCUUCUUGGUCAUUUACCUGACAACUCUCUUGGGGAACACACUGAUAAUAAUGGCUGUCAGGGUCAGUCCUGCCCUCCAAACUCCUAUGUAUUAUUUCCUCAGCAACCUCAGCUUCUUGGACAUCUGCUACACAUCCACCACCAUCCCAGUCAUGCUGGUGAACUUAUUGCGGGAGAAGAAGACCAUCUCGUAUGAGGGCUGCCUUUCCCAGAUAUUCUUCCUUGUGACAUGUACUGGCACUGAAUGUGUCUUAUUAGCUGCUAUGGCUUAUGACCGCUAUGUAGCCAUCUGCCACCCUCUUCAAUAUCCAGUCCUCAUGAGUGUGAAGGUCUGUUUGUGUUUGGUGAUUGGAUCCUGGCUGUGUGGGCUGGUGAAUUCUCUGACACAUACAGUGCUGGCAGCCACACUCACUCUGUGUGGACCCAACCAAAUCAGCCACUUCCUCUGUGACAUCCCACUGCUCCUGAUGCUUUCCUGCUCAGACACCUCCAUAAAUGAGUAUGCACUCCUUGCGGCCAGUGCCACCAUUGGCCUGAGCCCCUGCCUAUUUACUGCAGUGUCCUACAUACUCAUCAUCUCUGCCAUCCUGAGGAUUCCCUCUGCUCAGGGCAGAAGCAAGGCCUUCUCUACCUGUGCUUCUCACCUCACUGUAGUGGUGGUCUUCUUUGGAAUGGCCAACUUCAACUACAACAAACCCAGUGUAGGCUACAACCUGGACAUGGACAUCCUGGUCUCUGUGCUGUUUUGCAUUAUGACCCCCAUGUUGAACCCCAUCAUCUACAGCCUGAGAAACAAAGAGGUCAAAGGGGCCCUGAAGAGGCUGGCUGGAGGGCAUGGAUUCUCUGCUAAGAUCAGUGAUUAG